UCAGUGGCAGGAUAUUCGAAACCAGGUGGCUACUUUAGAUUUGUUAAUGUAAUGUCCGAACUUGAUGAGCCCGGUGAAUAUUAUGUGGAUAGAGAGCGUGGUAUUUUAUAUGUAUGGCCGAGUAACGACGUGUCUUACAAAGAUAGUGAUAAGAUUUAUGUUUCCAUUGUACCCACAUGUAUAGAAAUUUCAAGUUCUUCAGCAAAUGUUGUCUUGGAAGGAUUUUCGAUAGAAGCAUGUCGACAGUAUGGUAUACUUGCUUCUUCGGUCAGUGAAAUAACCCUGUCGAAACUACAAAUUCAGAACACAGGUUCAUAUGGAAUAAACACAAGAGGCAACAAUAUUAAAAUCAGUCAGUGCUAUAUUCGAAAUACUGAUGGUGGAACUUACAUUUCAGGCGGUGAUCGAAAAACUUUAACCCCAUCAGGAAAUGAAGUGUCCGAUAAUGUCAUACUAAACUUCGGACGUGUUGGCUAUGUCGGGAGUGACGGGAUUUUUUGUGGAGGUGUUGGAAACCAUAUUCACCAUAACAUUUUAUACAGAGGUUCAUAUACAGGAAUACAUUGGAAUGAAAAUGAUCAUUUAUUUGAAUAUAAUCAUUUAUCAAAAAUGUGUAUAGAAGCAAGUGAUUGUGGAGGAAUGAUGACAGGUCGUGAUUGGGCUGCGAGAGGAAAUAUCAUUCGAAACAACCAUUUCCAUGAUAUAAAACGAUUAGUACCAGGUGUUGACGUCAGAGGUAUUAUGCUUGAUGACCAAUUUUCAAGUGUUAUUAUCGAAAAUAAUGUUUUUCAUAACAAUGAUGUGCAUGUCAACAUUGGAGGAGGAAGGAACAAUAUUGUUCGACAGAACAUUUUCUUCAAUACAUCUCAGUAUUCAAUGCAGAUAGAUGCGAGAGGUCACAAUAGAGGUGGAAACACUAAUGUUUUAAUAGAAAAUCUUAACAGAUUACCAUAUCAAAACGUUCUAUGGAGUCAUCGCUACCCAAAACUCGCUUCAAUUAUGUCUGAAAACAAGCCAGGUGAUCCAGAAGGGAACCAAAUAACAGAUAAUAUUUUCCACUCUAUGAAUAAACCCCAUUUCCAUGGACAGCAUAAAGCAGAAUGGUUUAAUGUUUCUGAGAAUAUUUACGUACCUGACGAAAGCAGCUUUUAUGCCCCCUUAUAUGGGAAUUUUAAACCUAUAUGUCUCCUGAAAGGUUUCGCUGCAGUAACUAGUUUUCAUAAUCCAGUACUGCCAAUCGAUGUUGGACCUAGAUACCAAAUAGGACCUUCAAGUAAUAAAAUUGUAAAACCAGCAUUGGGGUAUUUAUCAGGUAUCCCACCUACACCUGGGGCGUGUAUAUUAAAGUCCUUGGACAAACCUCCUGUACCUAUUUACCUUCCAGACGGAUCUGUUCCAAAUACGUUAUAUAAUGUUUCUCAAACAGGUUGCUGGUUUUCAUUUGACAAAUGUCCUAAUCAUUCUGCAUAUGAGAAGGCUAAAAGACCGGUAUCCACGCCUUUUUAUCGCGACAUAAACGCGGAAAUGAAAGAUAACUCAGGAACAAAUGAAACAAUCUGCCUAAACAAAGUGUCUGAAAUGAUAACAAAAUGUGGUAACGGUUCAUCCUUUGCAGUAAUAUUUGGACCAACAGGAGCAAUGACACUUGGCGGCGAUGGAUGUUAUUUUGCCACGUAUGGAUGUCCUAGGGUAAAAUCGAUGGCCUCUGGUUUCUUUAGAGAUUCAUGGGCAGAGCAACAUGUCAACGGUGCUCACGAUGAAUCGGCAUGUUUAUCCAGGGCAUUACCACAGUGGAGGUAUUGUGGAAGUGAUCCAGCAUUUCCCAUGGCUAGUAUAUAUAAACCAACAGGCCAUAUAAAAGUAGCAGGGAAGGGAUGUUGGAUUAAACCAGAGAAAUGUCCAGCUGACAACUCACUGAAUCACAUGUUUUAUGAUGGAUUUGGAGGUGCAAAUCUUAUGACAGAUGAUGACAUCGACAGCUGUUUUUCUCGGGCAGAAUAUUUCUGGAGACAAUGUGGAAGUCAUACUGAAUAUAAAGUUACAGCAUACUUUAGACCAGCAGGGAAAAGACAUAUUUUUCCAUGAGGAGAUAAGCCCGUUCAUUAAAUUUCAACACAUCCAUGACAUUUGUUGUCUUUCUGGUCAAAUGCAAG